AUGUCGCACACCGGCACCAUGCGCGGGGCGCCCAAGAACCGCCCGGCGCCCGCGCGCGCGCAGUUCGUCGACAGCCCGUCCGGCAUGCCGUCGGGCAUCCCGCGCCCCGCCCUCGAGACGCACGCCUCGCACGUCCAGGGCAGCGACGUCGGCACGUCGACGCUCAGCGCCAGCCGCGCAAAGCAGUCCAAGAGGGACGAGGCCAUCCGCCGCAAGAUCGAGACGGACCUGAACAAGAAGAAGAACCCCGGCGGCCGCGUGCGCCCAACCCGCAAGGCCCCGCCCGGCACCGUCCUGGCCCUCAAGCCCAGCCCGGCCCUGCAGAUCCAGGCCUCGACCACCGUCGCCGAGGCCGCCCAGCUCAUGGCCGCCAAGCGCGAGGACUGCGUGCUGGUCACCGACGAGGACGACCACGUCGCCGGCAUCUUCACCGCAAAGGACCUGGCCUUCCGCGUCGUCGGCGCCGGCAGGCGCGCCCAGAACGUCACCAUUGCCGAGAUCAUGACCAAGAACCCGCUGUGCGCAAAGACCGACACCAGCGCCACCGACGCCCUCGACCUGAUGGUGCGCAAGGGCUUCCGCCAUCUGCCCGUCAUGGACGAGAACCACGACAUUGCCGGUAUCCUCGACAUCACAAAGUGCUUCUACGACGCCAUGGAGAAGCUCGAGCGCGCCUACAGCUCCUCGCGCAAGCUGUACGACGCCCUCGAGGGCGUGCAGGCCGAGAUGGGCUCCAGCCAGCCCCAGCAGAUCAUCCAGUACGUCGAGGCCAUCCGCCAGAAAAUGUCCGGGCCCACCCUCGAGUCCGUUCUGACCGGCCUGCCCCCUACCACCGUGUCUGUGCGCACCUCGGUCAAGGAGGCUGCCGAGCUGAUGAAGGAGAACCACACCACCGCCGUCCUGGUCCAGGACCAGGGCUCCAUCACCGGCAUCUUCACCAGCAAAGAUGUCGUCCUGCGCGUCAUUGCCGCCGGCCUCGACCCCGUCACCUGCAGCGUCGUCCGCGUCAUGACGCCCCACCCCGACUUUGCCCCCAUGGACAUGAGCAUCCAGGCCGCCCUCCGCAAGAUGCACGACGGCCACUACCUGAACCUGCCCGUCAUGAGCGACGCCGGCGAGAUUGUCGGCAUGGUCGACGUGCUGAAGCUGACCUACGCUACCCUGGACCAGAUCAACAACAUCAGCACCGGCGACAGCGAGGGCCCGGCCUGGAACAAGUUCUGGCUCUCGCUCGACAAUGACACCGAAUCCAUGAUGUCUGGCGAAGGCAGCCGCCUGCCCGGUACCCCCGAUGCCCGCUCCAUGAUGUCCCACAAUGACCGCCCCAUGAUGAUGGACCGUGGCGACAGCGUCCUCCCCAACGACUCGGCCUCUCACCACGGCGAAUCCCCACCGCCGUCAGCAGUGGCCAGCGCCCACCCCACCGCCAUCGAAGACAUUCCCUUCCCCUUCAAGUUCAAGGCUCCCAGCGGGCGCGUCCACCGCCUGCAGGUCACGGCCUCCGCCGGCAUCGAAGACCUCGUCUCUCAUGUCGCCAGUAAGCUGGGCCAGGAGGUCGAGUCCAUCGGCGGCAUCCCCACUUACGAUAACGGCAUUCUCUCUAAAUCCGGCUUCGCCCUGUCUUAUCUCGACAACGAGGGCGAUACCGUAUCCAUCACCACGCACGACGACCUUGUCGAAGCCAUCAGCCUCAGCCGCCUCGCUCACCGUGAGAAAGUCGACCUGUUCGUCCACGACCCAGAGUCGUCGCCCAUGCCCGCCGAGGUCAAUCCUCAACCCGCGCUGGCUAAGCCCGUCUCGCCACCUGAGAGCGUACUCAGGGAGCGCAAGCAGUUCUUCGAUGACGAGGAGGAAGAUGCACCCAAGCCCAGGAGGGGACAGGCCGCGCAAGCCCCGGCUCCCGAGGUCAUUCCCGGCGUGUCCAACGACCUGCUGCUGCCUGGUGCGAUUGGCGUGUUGGCUGUCGUGAUAGUUGUCGUAUUUACCAUUGGCAGAGCGUCCGGCUCAAAUCGGUAA